AUGCACACUGGGGUGGUGGCACCCAAACGCUGGAAUUUGGAAUUUUACUCUUUGACCUGUUCGAAUAGUUCAAAUACGAUAAAAACCUUUGAUUGCAACUUUAAUCAAUUGGCACCAAGUCAUUAUAACUUUACGACGCGUCUUAUAUUCAAUAAGAAUUUGGACAAACAGUUUUCAAUACGAUAUUUAAUCGAUGUCAAAUCACAUUUCAAGAAAGAUUAUAUAAAUUUCAUAAAUAUCAAAAUAAAUGCAUGCGAUGCUAUACGCACUAACUAUGAAAUACCUUUGCUGAAAACUCUAAUGUUGGAAAUGAGAAGGACCAGUAAUAUUCCCUAUCAGUGUCCAUUUAAAAAGGAUGUUCUCUAUGAAUUUAAAAAUCUUUCUGUAACGGACAAAUAUUUGCUAAUGUCGGUACCAAAUCUUAAUUUUACUAAUGGUUUUGAAUUAUACGAAUCUAGUAAUUUGAUUGGUUCUUUUAUAACUAAAGGAGGUAUUACAUCGAAGACAUGA